AUGUCAUGGGAACAAAGAACAGUUUAUAUAGACAUGUUAGUACAAAAAGAAGAAACUAAAAGACAAAGAAACAGAAAAGACGAGGACAAAUCAAGAAGAGACUUUAUUUGGCUUUACUUUUUACAAACACUAAAUGAAAAAAGAUUUAGGGUUUGUAAAAUCAUGUUUGAGAACACAUUAGGAAUAAACGAAAGAUCUGUUAUUUACUGGAAAAACGAUUCUAAACAUAAAGUGGAUUAUAGAGAACAACUAGGCUUAAUCGUGAAUAACCAUACUGAAGGAGUCAAGGAUAGGAAAGAAAUUUUGAUAGAAUUAUAA